UUGCACGAAAGACACUCCGUUAUACAAGGAACAAAGGAUCAAAUUCUGAAACAGAUCAGUCACUAUGCGUACUUUUACGACAAUUUACUAAAAAAUAUCACAGAUAACGAAAAACGGACAGCCACCAAAGGAAAGUUGAAAGACAUACGGGAUUGGCUUUUAACUACACACAAACGAACUGAAAAGCUGAUACACGGCCAAAACAGCACCGGCCAAGAUCCUAUGUCGUAUAACGUUCCAGGGUCGAGUGUUGUGAAAAUCCGUAUUUCAAGUUGGUACAAUAAAAAUAUAAAGAGAGCAACUAACUUGACCGCAACUACCCGCAAUGACAUGCUGGCCUAUAUCACACUGUGUGCAGUGAAAGUUGCCAACAAGAACAUACGACAUGGUUUGUUCCAACUUUCCGGCAGUAAAGGAGCAAACUCGGCGCCAACGGAGAACUGGUUUAACAAUGGAACAAAGAAAAUAUUUUCAAGAAAAAAAAACACUAGAGUUUCUAAGAUGAAAAUCAGUAAAGUCAACUCGAUGACAAUUGGACAAAAUACUGGUAAAUAAACUGGGCGAUGUCAUGUAACGGCAAACCCAGGGAGAAAGUUCAACUUUAAGAUUUGUGUUAUUGUUUGUUUGUAAGCUUUAGAAAGCCAUGAUAUUAGGACGAACUAAA